UCUUGGAAGUCAUAUGACAUGUACAUCACGGGGAACCUUUUCAGGCAGCAGCGGUGGCCGCAGUAGUAGACUCUUCGGUCUCCUGAUCAGUCGCCGUAUGCUGUGGUAGACGGUAUCUGACUGUCGAACGUGGAGGUACCACCCGGCGGAUCUCGUAGGCGGAGCCAGAAUGUGUGCAUGUUGCAUGCACACGUGUUCCCUCGCCAGAGUCCGUGUG